AGCGCGCAAGUCUCACUGAACCACGCCGCGACUGACCAUGGGCUCCAAAUAUGGCACCAUGGUCAUGGGCCCCGCCGGCGCUGGCAAGACCACCUUCUGCUCCGCCAUCAUCCAGCAUCUCAAGAACAACCGCCGUUCGUGCUUCUAUAUCAACCUGGACCCCGCUGCAGAAGACUUCAUGUACGAGCCCGAUGUUGAUAUCAAGGACUUGAUCACGCUCGAGGAUGUCAUGGAGGAGCUGCACCUGGGUCCAAACGGCGGUCUGAUCUACUGCUUCGACUUUCUGAUGGAGAAUCUCGAUUUCAUCACCGAUCCGCUCGAAGACGUAGGCGAAGAGUCUCUGAUCAUCAUCGACAUGCCUGGCCAGAUCGAGUUGUACACCCACGUCCCUAUAGUCCCGCAGUUGAUCAAGCAUUUGACGCGCGGAAGCUUGAACGUGAGCAUGUGCGUCGCAUACCUGCUCGAAAGCUCUUUCAUCGUCGACCGUGCCAAAUUCUUCUCCGGCACCCUAAGCGCCAUGAGUGCUAUGCUCAUGAUGCAGCUGCCUCAUGUGAAUAUCCUCAGCAAGAUGGAUCAAGUCAAGGGACAGAUUGCGCGGAAAGAACUCAAGCGCUUCAUCGAUCCUGACACCAGUCUGCUACAAGAUGCGCCGGAGAGCGGCCUGGUCUACGAGUACAAGGAGGGCGUGGACAAUGGUGACCCAGAAGAUCCUAAGAGCAUCAUGACGGGCACUUCGUUUGCGAGACUCAACCGCGCAGUUGCUCAACUCAUCGACGAUUUCAGUCUAGUGUCCUUCCUCAAACUCGACGCCCAAGAUGAAGACAGCGUGGGAGCUGUUCUGAGCUACAUCGACGACGCCAUCCAAUUCCACGAGGCGCAAGAGCCGCGAGAACCGAAAGACGAGUUGGUGGACACUGAUAUGGAUUGA